GGCCUAACCAUUCACGCGCUUGCCACACGAAUAAGUACCCCCAACCCCUUCGCGUUCCCAAAACCCUCUUCUUCAUUCUGUUCGUGAAUUUUAAAACCCUAUUCGAAGUUUUCCCUCUUUUCUUGUCUUCUACUCUUUCUUCAAUCGAGCAACAAUGGCAAAAGAAGGACCUAACUGGGAUGGAUUACUCAAAUGGAGCAUUGCUAACUCCGAUGGAACUCGCCCCACUCGCAAUUUAAGUGAAGAGGAUCGGAGAUGGUUUAUGGAAGCGAUGCAAGCACAGACCAUUGAUGUUGUAAAACGUAUGAAAGAGAUUACCCUUGUAAUGCAGACUCCAGAGCAAGUCUUGGAAUCUCAGGGUGUUACCCCUGCAGACAUUGAAGAUUUGUUAGAUGAGUUGCAAGAGCAUGUUGAGUCGAUUGAUAUGGCCAAUGAUCUCCAUUCAAUUGGUGGGUUGGUUCCGCUUCUUGGUUACCUCAAGAACUCCCAUCCCAAUAUUCGUGCAAAGGCUGCUGAUGUUGUAACCACAAUAGUCCAGAAUAAUCCUCGUAGUCAGCAACUUGUUAUGGAAGCAAAUGGCUUUGAACCUCUUAUUUCCAAUUUCACUUCAGAUCCUGAUGUGAAUGUUAGGACUCAGGCACUUGGAGCAAUCUCUUCACUGAUUCGGCACAACAAAUCUGGCAUAGCUGCCUUUCGUCUUGCAAAUGGUUAUGCAGCCUUAAAAGAUGCUCUAACUUCUGAAAAUGUGAGGUUUCAAAGGAAGGCUCUCAACUUGAUCCAUUACCUUUUGAAUGAGAAUACUUCAGAUUGCAGCAUUGCAAAUGAGCUAGGAUUUCCACGGAUACUGAUGCACCUUGCCUCUAGUGAAGAUUCAGAUGUCCGAGAAGCGGCCCUCCGCGGACUUCUUGAGCUUACUCGUGACAAAAAAGAAGUUAAAAAUGAAGCUUCCACAGAAGACGAUGAGAAAAUGAAGCAACUUCUUCAAGAACGAAUAAAUGGAAUCAGUUUAAUGUCAGCUGAAGACCUUGGGGCGGCCAGGGAGGAGAGGCAGCUUGUGGACUCCCUCUGGAGCACUUGCUUCAACGAGCCGUCAUCUCUUCGAGAAAAGGGUCUUCUAGUUUUGCCUGGAGAAGAUAAUGCAGCUGCCCCUCCUGAUGUCGCCAGCAAAUUUUUCGAGCCACCCCUUCGAUCUUCGUCCGCAAACCCCAAUUCCAAGAGAGAAUCCAAAAGUGAAAAGAAGGAGGCUCCUUUGCUUAUAGGGCCAGGGCCGCCUCCUCGGAACAGCGACAAUCAAGGUAGUUAGAGUAAUAGAAAAUGCAAGUUUUUCAGAGGGAUACUUGUAAAUGAAGCUUUUGUCAACUCAUUUUUCAUUGUCUUCUACACAUUCAUAGGCUUAAGAUUAAGUAGUGACUUCCCUUUUCUCACCCAGAUUCUCCUUUCAUGGGGUGUUCUAAGUUGAUAAGUUAUUAUUCUCCCUCAAUUUGAUUUGUGAGUUGUUGCGCCAUCUUGCUGUAUGAGUAUGACACAUUCUGAAAUUUUACUCGUCUUUCUCUUGUCGCGGUUUCACCUGAUCCGAGGAAAAAUACAAGAACCAAUGGAAUGAAAACUAAACUUUGUUAUA